UCGCAGUGCUUUGACAAAUGUAAACAAUUUCUGCACCGAUUAAUUAAUCCAAUAUCUCUUUUUCUCUCCCUCUUCCUCUCUCUCGGGGUAAUCUCUUUAGCGGCGGAAGAGCUUACAAAAGCGAGGAGUUGCCGAGAUGACGAGCGCCGAAGAUGACCCGUAUGAUGUAGAAAAGUGCGCGCAGUGGAUCCAGGAGAAUGAAUUAAAACAGGUUCCCAUAAGCAUAUGCGCUCUUAAAAAUACCUUAUUUACGUGUUAACAAAGUCAUAUUUGCGAUUUUCCUUAAACGAUCCUCGCUUAUCACGUAUACUUUAUAAACUGCGCGUCAAUUUUGUGAAUUGAGGUUAUGUGUUGUUAUCAAUGCGGCUUGACGAAUUAUCCCACUUUCUACGAGCGAUAUAAUAGUUGUAUAUUUCUUGUAUGUCUACAAUUCCCAGAUAAUUUAUUAGCAGAUUCUGUGAAAGUUGCGCUGCAUUUAGAAAAGAAUAUAGGACAGAAAGUAUAUAUCUUAGGGGAUACAACCUGUGGCAGCUGUUGCGUCGAUGAAAUAGCAGCUCAACACAUUAAUGCGGAUGGUAUAAUACAUUUUGGACAUGCUUGUCUUAAUCCCACUAUUCGUCUGCCAGUCUUACACAUCCUGCCAAAACAGCAGUUUAAUAUAAAGAAACUUGAUAAUGAAUUCAAGCAAACUUUCCAAGAUAACACAAGCAGAAUUAUAUUUUUCUACGAUGUGGAAUACGCACAUAAAAUUGAAUAUAUAUAUAGUAUAUUGAAACCUAUGUAUGAGCAUUUAGUUUUCUCCAAAUUAAAUUGUAAAUCAAACGUGGAAUAUACUGAUGCAAAGGCAACCCCAGACCGAGUUAUCUUAGGUAGAAGUUACACAUUGGAAGAAGAGUACAAUAUACAAGAUUACGAGGGGUUCUUUUUGGGGGAGGAAGGAAAAGCCCUUGCGAUAUUAGCAAUGAGCAUACCGGUGAAGAAAUGGUAUUGCUUUACGAAUAAUAAAAUUUGCGAAUUCGAAGCGCUAAAUGCGCCCUGGUUAAAACGAAGGAGGUUUUUAGUGGAAAAAUUGAAGGAUGCCAAAACUGUGGGCAUCGUCGUGGCCACAUUGGGUAUCAAAGAAUAUCUGACGGCUAUAACGACAGUUAAGGAGGCCCUUAAACGGAAGAAUAAGAAAACUUACACCCUCUGCAUAGGCAAAAUUACUCCUGCCAAACUGGCAAAUUUCCCAGAGAUUGACGCUUUCGUCGUGAUAGCUUGCCCAGAGAACGAAGUGUUCGACUCGCGAGAUUUCCUGCGACCUAUGCUCACACCGUACGAAGUCGAAUUAGCGUUUAAUACCGCCAGAGAGUUCUGUCCGCAUUAUUUCAUGGAUUUCCGGCAGAUAUUGCCAGGUGGCAUUCACCACGUUGAUUUCAAGCCGUCGACGGACUCGGACGUUUCUCUCAUCAGCAGCGACGUCAGAAAUUGCGAGGAUGACGGCUUGUCUGCGGACCAAAUGAACACUCUGACGAUUCGUUCAUCGGGUACCGUUGCUAUUGGUAUGGCCGGGGCUCAGUAUUUGCAAGAAAGAUCCUGGAGGGGCGUUGAACAAAGAUUAGGCGAAGAUCCUGUACGACCGGCGGAAAUUGGCCGCACCGGGCUUGCAUGCCAAUACACGAACGAGCCUCUAAAUACAGCCGAGCGAACAUAAUGAAUGCUACGUAAUAUUUCUACGAGUACUUAUUGUGAUAUCAUUACAAUAUUUAUGAUACAAAAGUAACUUAAUAUUCAAGCUGUCGAGUGCACAAUCGCUUAAAUAUAGAGCGAAGCGCGGUGAGAAUCGGUCGAAAUUGCGGGAGGAGGACAACAAUAAAAAUCGACAAUUUCCAUUUUA